AUGGCCGACCUAGCGAGCCGUAUCACCAAGCCAGACGGUGAACCUGCCGACACCACCACUGCUGCUGCUCCUGCCGCCGCUCCUGCUCCCGCUGAUGACCAGCAGACUGAUGGUGCCGUCGAGCAGCUUGGCGGGUCGGGCCUGCAGGAGCCCGACUACGAAGUCGAGGUUUCUCUGAGUGCCCUCCAGGACAAUGCCGCUACGCCUUUCUACUCUGCCUCGUCUUGGCAAGACCUCGGUCUCUCCGAGGCCAUACUCAAGGGUCUCAUGGCCCUCAACUUUCUCAAGCCUUCCAAGGUUCAGGGCAGGUCGCUGCCCCUCAUGCUCAGCGACCCCCCAAGGAACAUGAUGGCCCAGUCCCAGUCGGGAACGGGAAAGACGGCUGCCUUUGUCACCGCCAUACUGUCGCGCGUCGACUUCAGCAAGCCUGAUCAGCCCCAGGCCCUCGUUCUCGCCCCCAGCCGUGAGCUGGCCCGUCAGAUUGAGGGUGUCGUCCGCGCCAUCGGACGCUUCAUCCCCGAGCUCAAGAUCGCUCCUGCCGUCCCCGGUGCCCUGGCUCAGGGUGAGCCCGUCAAGGCCUCCGUCAUCGUCGGUACCCCUGGCCGUGUCAUGGACAUUACCCGUCGUAAGCAGCUCGAUGUGUCCCAGCUCAAGGUCCUGGUCCUCGAUGAGGCCGACAACAUGCUCGACCAGCAGGGUCUGGGCGACCAGUGCAUGAGGACCAAGGUUUUGCUUCCCAAGGAUAUCCAAGUUCUUCUGUUUUCCGCCACCUUCCCCGACAAGGUUAACAACUACGCCGUCAAGUUUGCGCCCAACGCACACUCACUCAAGCUCCAGCGUAGCGAGCUUACCGUCAAGGGCAUCUCCCAGAUGUUCAUCGACUGCCCCAAUGACAACACCAAGUACGACAUUCUCUGCCGCCUUUACGGUCUCAUGACCAUUGGCCAGUCUGUCAUUUUCGUCAGGACGCGAGACAGCGCCACCAAGAUCCAGGAGCGCAUGAUGGCGGAUGGCCACAAGGUCUCUGCCCUGCAUGCAGCCUUCGAUGGAAACCAGCGCGACGAGCUCCUGGCUAAGUUCCGGUCGGGCGAGACCAAGGUUCUCAUCACGACCAACGUGCUCGCGCGAGGCAUCGAUGUCUCGUCAGUGUCCAUGGUCAUCAACUACGACAUCCCCAUGAAGGGCCGCAACGAUGAGGAGCCCGACAUGGAGACAUACCUGCACCGCAUCGGUCGCACGGGCCGCUUCGGACGCGUCGGCGUCAGCAUCAGCUUCGUCUACGACAAGAAGAGCUUCGACGCCCUGAGCAAGAUCUCCACCCACUUCGGCAUCGACCUGGUCAAGCUCGACACAGACGACUGGGACGAGGCCGAGGAGCGCGUCAAGGAGGUCAUCAAGAAGAACAGGGCCCAGGCCGCCUACGCGCCCAACGCCCUGGACGUCAAGCCGGCCGAAGCCGCCGACGCUGCCGCCGCUUAG